UGCCGUCUCAAGCCACCGACCCAUCCGCCCGUCUCGCUAGCAAAGUAGCAGCCAUUGUACGAGUAGUGUGUGUAUUGGCUGCGGGCACCAGUGGGGUUCGCCUACCAAGCCUUCGGUGUCCCUCCCGACCAGUUGACCCAGUGGCCAGACUCUAGGGAUUUGGACACGACCUCGGCCUUGCACCCUCCACCCUCUGCUGCUCAACUGCACCACCACCACCAACAAAAAUCGCUCUCACUGUCACUGUCACUGUCACUGUCACUCACCAUCGCCAGCCAUGUCGACGCCUCCCAACCCUCCGGCCCAGGACAAGGCCAAGACGGGCCUGGGCAAAUAUGUUAAGAGAAUGAGCACCGUCUUCAAGAGGGACCGCUCCUCCAAGUCGCAACCGCCUGCCCCAGCCCCGGACGCUCCUUCCUCUUCUUCUGCUGCUGCUGCUGCUGUUGCAGCCCAACAACAACCACAACAACCACAACAACCACAGCAACAGCAACAGCAAAAGCAAAAACAGCAGGAGCAGCAACCUUCCUCCACAUCACCACCUCCACAGCAACAACAACAACAACAACAACAACAACAACAACAAGAAACCCCAUCCGUCGACAAUAAAAGCGCAAAGGACAUCACCACCUCUACUUCUACCCAGGCCAUCCCCGCCACCCCCGCUCCCGCCUCAAAAUCCUUGGACCGCAACGCCAUGCAGCAGGAGCGUGCCAGCGCUCUCUUUGCAAAGUAUGGCCUCACUCUCGAGUCUCAUGAGUGGAUCGCCGCCCCGGGCCCCAUGCCCCCUCUGCAGCGUGUCGAGAAGCCCAUUCGCAUGCGUGUCCACCGCACCUGCCACCGCUGCGGCACCCUCUAUGGCGCCGACAGGACCUGUGUCCAGUGCGAGCACAGGCGCUGCAAGAAGUGCCCUCGCUUUCCCAAGAAGAAGACGCCCGAGGAGAAGCAGGCCGAAAAGGACGCCCCCGACCAGCCAAAGAGAAAGCGCAUGCUUACCAUCCGCACCCGCGCUGGAGACGAACUCGUCUACCAGCCUACCAAGCAGCGCAUCAGACGCACCUGCCACAAGUGCUCCACCGUCUUCGUCCCUGCCAAAGCCGUCAUCUGCCAAAACUGCCAUCACGCCAGAUGCACAAAGUGUCCCCGCGAGCCCGCAAAACUCACCAAAUGGCCCGCCGGAUACCCCGGCGACGCCGAAGCAGACAGCGAAACAGAGGUCGAUAGGCAACUCGAGACGUUUAGGCGCACAUGGCGGAAACCAAGAACUAGGGUUCGCUGGCAGUGUGAAAAGUGCAACAGCCUCUUCCAAAAUCACCAGCCUCAGUGUCCAGGUUGCGGACACGAACGGUGCGAUCAGUGUACCAGAUCUCCUGUCAAGAAACCAAACAAGUCAGGUCAGUUCGAUGCCCAGGUGGUCGCAGCUGUCGAAGCCAAGCUCAGAGCCAUGGGCGUGGAUGACGAGGGGCCCUCUUCAGCUACAGAGGCUACUUGAUCCUCUGCCAUUUGCUAUGCUGACUAUGAUGCCUGUUUGCUCGUUUUGUUUCUGCAGUUACCUUGACCAAUUCCAAUUCUUUGCCCUUUUCCCCUUCUCAACUAUCAUCGACCGU